AGCUAGUUCGUAAGGACAAACCAUGGUGACUGCACCGAUGAUCGAAAAAGCAAAUUAAUAAUUUGAAGAAAGAACGUCAUCCAUUCUACUACACUAACUUCAAGCAGACACUCAACACUACACAGACUGUUGUGUUAUGGCCGAAGUGAUGAGAGGUGAGCACAGUGUUGACGUUCCAUCGGAAGACAAAAACAAACCUCAAUCAAAGCGCGUUGCGUCGCUUGACAUCUUUCGGGGUCUCACUGUUGCGUUAAUGAUCUUGGUUGAUGAUGCUGGAGGAGAAUGGCCAGUGAUUGGUCAUGCGCCAUGGAAUGGCUGCAAUCUUGCUGAUUUUGUUAUGCCUUUCUUCUUGUUCAUUGUUGGGAUGGCUAUUCCACUUUCUCUCAAGAGAAUACCAAAUAGACUCCAAGCUGUGAUAAAGGUGCUAGUUAGAACACUCAAACUUCUCUUUUGGGGUCUGCUCUUACAAGGUGGUUUCUCGCAUGCUCCGGACCAUUUAACAUAUGGAGUUGACAUGAAACUCAUAAGGUGGUGUGGUAUACUUCAGAGAAUUGCUCUAGCAUAUUUGGUUGUGGCGCUGGUGGAGAUAUUUUCAAGAAGUGGACAACCUAGAGAUCCUGAACCCACCCAACUUUCAAUAUUCAAGUUGUACUAUUGGCAUUGGGUGGUCGGGGCAUGUAUACUUACCGUUUACAUGGCUUUACUUUAUGGAAUAUAUGUUCCUGACUGGAAAUUCACUGUCCAUGAUCCAGACAGCAUAUAUAAUGGCACAACUUUCACCGUUGCAUGUGGAGUCAGAGGGAAACUUGAUCCCCCUUGUAAUGCUGUGGGAUAUAUUGACAGAGAGAUUCUUGGAAUUAAUCACAUGUAUAGGCAUCCAGCUUGGAAGCGAUCUGAAUCUUGCACUGAGAAACCCCCAUAUGAAGGGCCUUUUAAAAAGGAUGCACCUUCAUGGUGUUAUGCUCCUUUUGAGCCAGAAGGAAUUUUAAGCUCAGUAUCUGCUAUUCUCUCCACUAUCAUUGGAUUGCAUUUUGGACAUGUACUCAUACACCUGCAGGAUCAUCCUUCUAGGUUGAAGCACUGGCUUCUACUAGGCUUAGCGCUCCUUACUUCAGGAAUUAUUCUUCACUUCACUCAUGCCAUUCCUUUGAAUAAACAGCUGUACACACUAAGCUAUGUAUGUGUAACAUCUGGAGCAGCGGCGUUAGUUUUUUCAGCCUUCUAUAUAACGGUUGAUAUUUGGGGAUUAAAUUUCUUGUUCAUGCCGUUGAAAUGGAUUGGCAUGAAUGCCAUGCUUGUCUAUGUCAUGGCAGCUGAAGGUAUCUUUGCAGGAUUUAUUAAUGGGUGGUAUUAUGGUGACCCUCAUAAUACACUGGUCUAUUGGAUUCAAAAGCAUAUAUUCAUUGGAGUUUGGCAUUCAACGAGAGUAGGCAUCCUUCUGUAUGUGAUCUUCGCGGAGAUCUUGUUUUGGGCCAUCAUAGCAGGCAUUCUGCAUCAAUUGGGCAUAUAUUGGAAGCUUUGAACUUUAGAAACCAUGUGUUCUUAAUUUUUUUCAUAAACUUUGCAUCUAAUAUCAAAGAUGUGCCUGUUGUUGUAUCUUCAAUUUGAUCAAUUACUGAGUAAGGAGCCAGGUUGCUUAUUUCAA